AUGAUCUUGACCCAUAAAAGUGUGAACAAUGGCAGCACUACUAACAUUGAGAAUGAGAAGGAUAAGUUUGGCAUCAAUAGAAUUUCUAAUUGGAGAAAGGUCUUGAAAGUCAAGGCCUACACAAGAUUUGGCGAAGGUGAUAUUGUCGGUAAGUAUGACGACCGUGUUGACGCCAAUGCCCUCAUCUACCUUGCAGCCAUCCUUGAGUACCUCGUUGCUGUGGUCCUGGAGUUGGCUGGAAAUGCAGCGAGGGAUAACAAGAAGAAUAGGAUCAUUCCGAGGCACAUCCAACUUGCUAUCAGAAAUGAUGAGGAAUUGAGCAAGCUCUUGGGAACUAUCAUGAUUGCCAGCGAUGGUGUUUUGCCUAGUAUCCAUUAG